CGAGACAAUAUAGAAAAUUUAUUUCCUACACCAUGAAAACCGGUGUGCAAGCCACAUGACCACGUAAGGCGGAAUUCGUUUGUAUUUGUUCCCAUUUUGGUGUAUUAUAAAAUUUUUGUAUUGUAUUAGGAUAUUGUCGCUAGAUCUGCUAAAGAAUUAAAAUGUAUUCGUUUUAUGGCAUUUCAGACUGAGUUUAAUUUCACCAAAUGCUUUUCGUCGGGUGGCGAUGAGCUAAGGCAAAGGGAGGGAGAAAAGCUGCUAAAACAGAAAAGUGCAUCCUUAGCUUUCAACGUUAAAGAUAUGUUUGAAAUUUUGCGACACAAGGAAAGCCGCAUUUGUCGAGGUUGCGACGACACCUUUCCUACACAGGGAAGUCAGGUUUCUAGCAUUGACAAAAUCGCGAGCGUACACUGGUUCACAGCUACACCAGAUCCGAGCAUGUCUUACUUCAAACCGUUCGUGUUUACACCUAAUCCCCAAGUAUCGCCCCACACGGAGAGUCCUGCCGAGCCAAAAAGGGAGCAUCGCUUGUACAAACUGCAUGCCGAGUCCGUGAUAAAGACCAACAACAAGAACCUAUCAAAAAUAUUUAGAGACAUGGAAAAUGAACAACUUGCUAAAACCUCGGAAUUUAUGAAUAAAUAUGAAACUGGCCAAGCGACACUCGAAGAACUGAACAACUUGAUGCAUGUUUGUGUCGAGAAUGAAAUAAAACUAUAUUAAUAGAUUAAGUAGCUAUAAAGUAGUCGUUGUUGUGCAGUCCAUGUUAUUACUUUCGUUUUUCUUAAGAGGGUAGUCUUUCCCCUUCGUUCCCACUAGUUCUCUUUAGUUGUAUUAUAGAACUACUGGAACUUUUUGUCCCAGUUGUUCUGUUAAAUAUAUUUCAAUAUUAAUAGAACUUAUGGGAACAAAUCAGUCCAAGUAGUUAUAUUGGUUUAGUUCUAUUUUUAUCCCGAAUAAUAAAUAAUACCAGGUGCCUCUUUUUCAAAUGAUUUUUAUACUUAAUUUAGAAAUUUUUGUUUCCAUUUUGCUUAGCCGUGCCCUGAUUAUAGAUUUUAUCCUCUAUAAUAUUUUUAUAUUUUGAAAAAUUAUAGUGAGAUGAUUUUAUUUUUAAGAUUUUUAGACGUUCCUGUUUUUCAGGGCAGGAAUUUUCUCUAUGUUUAUUUUGAACUUCGUAAAGUAAUGAAAUUUAUUUUAAAGAAAUCUGUACAUAUAAAUUUGAAAAAUUAAUCAUGAUUAUUCUUAGACUUCUAUUAUUGUUACGAAAAUAAUAUCGGUUAACUCAUUUUCAUAUGAUUUUAUCCUUAAGUUACCCAGUUUAAGAACAUACAAUUAUGUGAAAUCUAUCGAAUGCAAAAUAUUAAUAUAUCUAAAUUUGUCGUGGUUGCGAAGUGUGGGAAUGAAGGGUCUUUCCAGGCUUUGCGGGCUCGUUACUUAUUUGAUAACAUUAUAGCUAGAGACAACAACGAGAUUCUCUAUCUAUAUUGAAAAUUUGUAAGCACUGAAAUGCAGCAGCUGUGAUACGAUAUCACUAGGUUUUUUUAAUUAAACCGAGUAACUGGACGAAUAAGGCGUGCGCCUGGUGGUAAGCGACAGGCCUGUCCAUAACAGUUGCACUGCCGUGUCUCGCGUGUCUGACGAAAAUCGCUCUUCAAAGUUUUUUUAGUAAUUUGCUUUUAUUUUACAAAGAUUUUGUGCAAUUAUUGAAAAACAAAACGUAAAAUUAUUGGUAUGGGUAAAGGGCUAAAGAAUGGGGAAUGUUUCAAUCUUCGAAAAAGUAUCAAUUUUUUCAGUUAAAGUUAACCCUUAACUCAUGUAUCUUAAGUAACAGAUGCAGGCCUCUCAUGGCAGUGCAGUGCCACUUAGUGCUUUAAAUGACAAAGAUUUGAGGAGUACUGCCGCUGCGACCGUCACCCUGAGACAUAAGUUUUCCCUUCAAAACCGAAACGCAGUAAUGGUCACAUUACUGCUUGGGGGCAGAAAUAGGUAAUGUGGCAGUAUUUCCAUGGACGAACUCUUUCAAAAGGAGCUCUACUAAGGUGACUUAACGAUCGAGGCACCAGACAGCCUUUUUAAUGUUAUGGAAGAAGGGUAAAGUACCAAUAGCAAAUCCGUGAUUGUUCCCCGGCAAACGGGGACAAGGUCACAGCAAGACCAAAAAAUCUUCGCUGCGUCGGCCUCCUUUGUGAAAAAAAUUGUAAAGGUUGUAAAUGAAACUGAAGAGAAAUUAUGGAAUGUACAAACAAGAUUUAGGAAAGGAAGUCAAUGUAUAGAUCCUUUCAUUGCCUGAAAAAUUUUGACAAAAAGUCCACUGCGUAAACUUAGAAAAUGCUUAUUAAUAGAACAGUAAGUAAUGAACUGUGAAGACUAUCCUCUUAAAGGCGAAAGCGCAACAUUGAUACGUAAGAAUUUUUUAAUUCUUUAUUAGUAUUUAUAAAAUUGUACGCUUCAACGCGAAUGCACCUAUGUACCUACCUACUUAGUUAGUGUAUAGGAUCACAAAAAUUGAAUUGAAAUGAAAGUCGGUAGCAUAGUACAGGAUUAUUUAUAUAAUAUAACAUGCAAACAUCAUUUGUCGUGUUCAACGUUUGUAAGAAAGCUCUCAAAAUGUAUAAAGAUGAUAAGAAGUAAGUAAGAAGAUAAUUCAAUCUCGUACCGGGAAGUAUUUUUUUAAAUACGUACCUAAAAUUUAUAUUUAAUAAUAGCUAUUUAAUAAAAAUAGAAAAACUUUUACAUACUUCUAAUGGAGUCACCACACUUAUCGAUACGGAAUCGCAUUAAGCCGGUCGGAAAAACCUUUAGACCACCUUUCCACUAGAGAUGUGCUGCCUUUCCACUAGAGAUGUGCGACAUAUCGAGGCGGUGUGCGAAGAAAAAAUCCACCAAUAGGAUUACUUCAUUUUCCUAGCCUCGCUUAGCGCAGCUCUGGUGGAAAAGGGUUAGCGGAGCUAUGUAUUUGUACUUACACAAUAACGAGAAAUGUGUGCGAGGAAUGUGUGCAAAACGGUGUAGGAAACUAGAGCUACUCAAAGUAUGACACUAACUGACAC